AUGGAGAAAGUCAAAAAGCUCUUCUACAAACUGCAGACUUUCAUCAGACCAACAUGGGGCGUGCAUCCAGAAAACAUUCGCACCAUUUAUGAGCACGUUGUAGAGCCUAUUAUGACCUACUUGGCUUCGGUAUGGAAAACGGCACUCAAGUACAAAUAUGUAAACGGGAAACUAUUAUCCCUACAGAGGCUCUUUGCAAUCAAGUGCAUACGUGGGUUCAGGACACUGAGCAUGCCUCUCUCCAUAACCUUAGCUAAAUUAACACCACUACCCGCCAAGGUCACAUAUGUGGCAGAAAUAGAACUCACUAGAAUCUACGGCCACGCAUCAUUUCUGCCGGAUGACCUACGAAUAGAAUCGCCCGUAACACCUGGGGCCCUUCUUCACCCUGUGCAUAGGCAAAGAAUAGAGUAUCAAUUACUCAACACACAGGAAGAGCUUGUUGAGGCGAUUAGUAGCCACAGUGAUCCAUCUACCUCAUCUCGAAUCUGGCAUAUUUACACCGACGGCAGUCAGACUGAUGACAAGGUUGGGUCAGCCUUUGUCAUCAUAAAACCUAAUACCCCAAACAACCCGAUUGUCAAAAAGCUGAAGCUUCAUAACUGCUGCUCUGUCUUUCAGGCAGAACUGCUAGCCAUCAAGGAAGGCCUCCGAUUUGCACUCGAGGGACCGGCACACCCCCACAAAAUUCUCGUGUUUAGUGACAGCAGAGCGGGGUUGACCGAACUAGCAAACCCCAACAGCUACAAUAACCUUGUAAACCACAUACAUAAACUGAUCGAAAGACACAAAGAACACACCACAGUACAGUUUUUCUGGGUCAAAGCUCACUGUGGUAUCCUGGGCAAUUAG